AUGAUAUCUUAAAGUCAAAGUGAUCUCAACUAGUUUAGCUAAGCAAUGGACAUAUCAUUAAACAGUGUUGAUUAAAGUCAGAGUUUAUACCAAAGAUUUUAAGGAAUCAAUACUGAAAACAAUUUAGAUAAUUAAAAUGAAAUCAUUUCUGUAUAAUCCAUUAGAAUUCCAUUUAAUAAAGUAGACUUUAUAUAAUAACCAAUCUAAUCUAAGAAGUUUAUAAUAUAUUAAUUUAGGUAGAAUCAUGCCUGCAUAAAUUAAAAAGAUUGGUAAUUCUUAUUAAUUCUAUAUUUUUGACCUAUUGUUGAUGGAAGCUACUAAAAAUGGAUUAUUAAAUUAGAAAUAUAUUAUAUAAUCAGAGAGUAAGGCUUUAGUAGGUAAAAUAAAAAUACUUGAAAGUGGAAAGCUUUUUGUUUUUUAAGAUGGUGGAAUGAGUCCAAAAAAAUGUACAAAUUAAUCAUUUUACAGAAAAUAUUUAGGAAGUAUCUGCAAAAACAAUGAAUUAAAAGUAAUAUUAUAUUUAUAGUUUAGUGUCACAUACCAAAAAUAAAUUAAUAAAAUAAUUAAAUUUAUACCUAUUCUCCUGUUUAUUUUAAGAAAAAUAAAGAGAUUAUUUAGUAAAAUAAUUAAUUCUUUGAAUUUUACAACAUCUUUAAAUUUUAAAAAGAAAACUUAUGGUCCAUUUUUUAUAAAAAAGAACUAACAUCUGAUCAUUUCUUAAUAAAAAUACAAAAAACAGAUGAAAACUCAUAUGAGGUACUAUAUACAACACCGAUAAAUCAUUUAUAAUCCUUUUAGAUCAGUAUUGCUCUAAUACAAAUUAUGUCUUGA